UAUAGACAUGGCGAAAGUGACAGGAGUGUGUGAGCUACAUGUAACUUGAAGAUAGGAAAGAACACAUGUGCGGACAAAAAUGGGUGACCUCAGGAGAACAACGCGGUUGUUAUGUUUUUGUUUGUGUUUGGGACAAGCUCUGUCAGAUGUAACACUGAGUUUCUCAGUAUCACAGCUUAGUCUUGAGGUGGGACAUUAUGCAACCUUCAACAUCAGCCCAAGUUCACAGUUAGCUGAGGAUGCAGUUAUUGACUUCACCUAUCAGACUGGGGAUACCAUCAGUGAUUUCACGUCAGGGCUGCUUGCCCCAGUACCUAAUGUCACCAUACUAGGUAACACAUCAGAGGGAGUACCUAUCAGCGUCCAUGCCCUGGGGGCAGGAGCCAUCAUUCUAGGUGUCAAUACUUCAUCAGAGGAAAUUGAUCAUGCUGAUGACACUUUUGUGAGGAUUGAUAUAGUACACAAUAGCAUUGUGGUCACCGUCAGUGCUGUCAUAGGAUGGCUCUACUUCGUGGCAUGGUCCGUCUCAUUCUACCCCCAGGUUAUAGAGAACUUCAGACGCAAAAGUGUAGUGGGCCUGAACUUUGAUUACCUUGGCCUUAACCUGACUGGCUUUAUCUCCUACUCUGUGUUCAAUGUGGGCCUCUACUGGUUUCCUGAAAUCCAGGCACAGUAUGAAGCUCUGCACCCACGGGGACAGAUUCCAGUGCAGUUAAAUGAUGUGAUCUUCGCCCUACAUGCGCUGCUGCUCACUGUCAUUACCAUAUCACAGUGCUUCUGCUUUGAGAGAGGUGGUCAGAGGGUCUCCCGGGUGUGUAUAGUCAUUUUGAUCUCUGCCUGGUCAUUUGUGUUGAUCUCUCUCUUUGUCACCAUUGGCAAGAAAAUCACCUGGCUUGAAUACCUGUACUUUUUCUCCUUUGUCAAGUUGGGAGUAACCUUGAUUAAAUAUGUACCUCAGGCCUGGAUGAAUUACAGAAGAAAGAGUACAGUGGGCUGGAGUAUAGGGAAUGUGUUGUUAGAUUUUACAGGUGGUUCCCUCAGUAUGUUACAGAUGUUUCUGCUAGCCUAUAAUAAUGAUGACUGGGGCUCGUUGUUUGGUAACCCCACCAAAUUCGGAUUGGGCCUGUUCUCAGUGCUAUUUGAUUUGCUGUUUAUCACACAGCACUAUAUCCUGUAUCGCCAUAAACAGCCGUAUGAGGGAGUCCAAGUCAACGAGAAGUCCCCGCUAAUUAAUCCAGUUCCAAGCGCAUAACAGUAGCGGAACAGGGACAGGUGUACCUCUUCCCGCUUCAGGGCGACUCGGUUCUAGGCUGACAUGACCAUUGUUCUAUUGCAGUCAUUCUGAACAAAAAUAUGGCCGCAUGAUGCCGUUUUAUUUUUGUUUCGCUCAGUAUUAAAUAACGUGUUAACUCUACAAUUACGGUAAGUAUUCAUUAUCAAUUGUGGCUUCAAUUUCCUCCAGAUUUUCACAUUUUAGGACAAUAAUCCAGGAGGUAUGGCUGAGUGAAAACUGCGAGAAAUCGGUAAUCACAGUUCACGCUCUUUGUGCUGCAAACGGUGGACAUUCGGUACUGAGUGCUGCGAUUAUUGAUCACUCUGUCUAAAGUGCGAAAAUCUCGUGGAAACUGAAGUCACAGUUGAUAAUGAAUACUUGCCCUAAUUGUUGAGUCAACACGUUAUUUAAUGCUGGGGAAAAACAAUAUAAAUUUACUUAGCGCGUUUAUAUUUGUUUUGAGUAUAUAUAAUGAGUUAAAUACGUCGCUAAACGUCACCACAAAGGCAGGAACGAAAAAUAUGCGCUGAAUCGACCAUUGUCCUCUUGCAAUUAAUGAGUAAAAUAAGUCGCCAAAUCGUCCACUAAACGUCAUCGCAAAGGCAGGAGCGAACAGUAUACUGGGCAGCUUUGGUGUAAACUACAUUAGACGGUAACGUUUCACUAUUACAUGAUUACUGUAAUAUGAACUUUACACAUGACUUAUACAAUUAAAGCGGGAUCACUCCACAGCAUAGAACAAUGUUAAAAGAACAGCUAGUGUUCAAAUACAAGUUUUGUUUUUACUUUUUAACUUGAUUUUCUUGAUGCUUUAAUUAUACAAUUUUGCAACACAUUAAUUUGGUUGAGGUUGACGUGAUAUCUUUUCAAAUCCGGGGAAAUUGGGACUUUGUGUGCAACAUUUUUUUAUACAUGCCCAUUGAGUUGGGGCGGAAUCGUUUUUAUGUUAAAUGUGAUGACAAUACUGCAUUUUUAGUAAUUCUAGACUAGUGACGUCUAAUAUAUUCCUUAAUCUGCUUAACCCAUGAUGCUAUGGGACGUGUAAUUUGCUCCUAAAAAUAUAUACAUGAGCAGUUAAAAUAAAAAAAGCUGAGGAAAGUUGUCCAUAUUUUACUGGUUAGUGCGACCAUUUGCUUACUAGCACACAGUCCUGACUGCUCUGGUUUUACUCUCUCUGUUGUAAUCUUUAAUCUUAAUCUUUCAUACUUAAUCAUUUUUAACAUGCAGGGAAAAUCUUAAUACUGUAUUGUAUUUGGUUCUCAUGUGUUAAUAUUCACAUAUAAAUUAUAUUACUGAGAAAAAGCGGCAUGGGAAAUGCACGGCAGUUUAUCUUGUUUGUGCUGAACAUUCCACUCAACAAUUUACUAACUUAUAAUUUCUAUCCUUUUACCAGAAUUACGGAUUAUAUUAAAAAAUAAACAAAACAACACUAGAUCAAAUGUGUAGUUGAAGCGAUAAAGUAGUAUCCCACAUAAAGCGUACCUAUUUAUUUUUAUGAGGUUUAUAGACAAAAUGUUGCAUUUUACAGUGAGCUAAACGUGCACAUUGACAAAACCGAAAGCGCCAUUAUAUUAUCAAUUUUAACCAAUCGGGAGCGACGAUUGCACGUGUUCCCGUUAACGUUUGUAACCGUUUUCUGCCUGUGCGUGCGGUACGCAGUUAGGGAUUUCGCCGGUGUUUAAAGGUAUAUUAAUGAGUGUCUUACCCCUUAUCAUGUAAUAAGCGAGACGAUUAAAUGGUUCGGGUAGCCCUACAUAUUGUGUACGACAAAGAGCUCAGUCUGUAAAUGUGGACAAUUUAUUUUUGUGCUGGAUAGUAUUUUCCAUUUCUACGGAACUAUAUAGCAUGCUUAUGC